AUGAGCAGGCAUUGUGUGCAUCCAGGUCAGGCCCUAAUAUGGGCUGUUUGGAUCCUUGAAGUCACCACCAAGGGGCCUGCUGCUGACCUGCCAGAGAGGAACACCAGGCUGGGAUGGGUUCAGGGGAAGCAAGUCACUGUGCUGGGAAGCCCCGGGCCCGUGAACAUGUUCCUCGGGGUGCCCUUUGCUGCACCCCCUCUGGGACCUCUGCGAUUCGCGAAUCCACAGCCUGCAUCAUCCUGGGAUAACUUGAGAGAAGCCACCUCCUACCCUAAAUUGUGCCUCCAGAACUCAGAGUGGCUGUUCUCGUAUCAACACAUGCUCAGGGUGCGUUACCCUAAGUUUGGAGUGUCGGAAGACUGCCUGUACCUGAACAUCUACGCGCCAGCCCAUGCGGACAUGGGCUCCAAUCUCCCCGUCAUGGUGUGGUUCCCGGGGGGUGCCUUCGAUACAGGCUCCGCCUCCAUCUUCGAUGGGUCUGCCCUGGCUGCCUAUGAGGACGUACUAGUUGUGACCACGCAGUACCGGCUAGGAAUAUUUGGCUUCUUCAGCACACAGGAUCAGCAUGCUCCGGGAAACUGGGCCUUCCAGGACCAGUUGGCCGCCCUAUCCUGGAUUCAAAAGAACAUUGCUUUCUUUGGCGGGAACCCUGACUCUGUGACCAUCUUCGGCGAGUCUGCAGGGGCCAUAAGUGUCUCCAGCCUCGUUUUGUCUCCCAUGGCCGAUGGCUUAUUCCAUAAAGCCAUCAUGGAGAGUGGGGUGGCCAUCAUUCCUUCCCUGAAAGACCCAGACAACCAGAGGAGUGAGGAUUUGCAGGUGGUUGCAUAUUUCUGUGGUUGCAAUGCAUCAGACUCCGUGGCCCUGCUCAAGUGCCUGAGGUCAAAGUCUCCCAAGGAGUUGCUGACCCUUGGCCAGAAAACAAAGUCUUUCACUCAAGUGGUUGAUGGUCGCUUCUUUCCUGAUGAGCCUCUGGAACUAUUGUCUCAGAAAGCAUUUACAGCAAUUCCUUCAAUCAUUGGAGUCAAUAACCACGAGUGUGGCUUCCUGCUGCCCAUGACACAGAUUCCUGAGAUCCUGAGUGGCUCCAACAAGUCUCAUGCCCUCCAGUUGAUAUACACCCUCCUGCACAUUCCCCCCCAGUAUUUGUACCUUGUGGUUCGUGAAUACUUCCAUGACAAGCACUCUCAGACUGAAAUCCGAGAUGGUCUUCUGGACUUACUUGGAGAUGUGUUCUUUGUGGUCCCUGGGCUGGUCACAGCUCGAUAUCACAGAGAUGCUGGUGCCCCUGUUUACUUCUACGAGUUUCAGCACCGGCCCCAGUGCUUUGAAGACAUAAAGCCAGCUUUUGUCAAAGCCGACCACACUGAUGAAAUCCGCUUUGUGUUCGGAGGUGCCUUCCUGAAGGGUGACAUUGUCAUGUUUGAAGGAGCCACCGAGGAGGAGAAAUUGCUGAGCAGGAUGAUGAUGAAGUACUGGGCUAACUUUGCUCGAACCGGAAAUCCUAACGGGGCUGGCUUGCCUCUGUGGCCGGCCUAUAAUCGGACCGAGGAGUACCUGAAGCUGGAUUUGAACACGAGCCUUGGAGAGAAACUGAAAGAGCGGAGAGUGAAGUUUUGGACCAGCACCCUCCCUCUGAUAUUGUCCACUUCUGAAGCUCUCCUCAGUCCUCUUUCCCCUUUAACCUUCCUGUCUCUCCUCCUGUCUUUCUUUUGUUCUUUGACUUCUUGAGAAAUUAUCUUUGUGGGAUUUUGGCUUCCCUUUCCCUC